AUGGCCGAUGAUCAUACCAUGCCGUCUCUCAAACCUGAGAUCGAAAAUCCUUCCGCCAACAAGACAAGAAAGAGAACUCUCGGGAAUGUCCGUGUGCGACAUCAUGAGACGAACGAACUCAUUUUGGUUCCAACACCCUCCAGAGAUCCCAAUGAUCCUCUCAACUGGUCUCAAACUUAUAAAUACUAUGUGGCCACCCUUAUAUGCUUGGCCAUGAUGAUCUGCAACUUUCUCGCUGCCGGGCCAAGCGUUGCCAUCAUCUCCACUGCCAGAGAUUUCUUCCCAGAGCUUUUUGCCACGGGACAGAUCCCAACUGCCAUUAGUAAAGUCGCGUACUUCUUCACGGCGACAGCGUUGUUGCAAGGGGCUGGCAACUUUUUUUGGAUGCCUCUCACGAACAAAUUCGGCAGGCGACCGGUUUAUGUCUCGAGCUAUAGCCUUUAUUUUGCCACCGCAAUGUGGCUUAUCUUUGAAACCAACUACGGCGCCUUUCUUGCAGGCCGAAUAAUACUGGGUCUAGGUUCCGGCGCUGCUGAAACGAUCGCCCCUGUUUCCAUUGCCGACUUAUUUUUCCUCCAUGAACGCGGCUUCGUUAUGGGUUUGUACACAUCGUUCCUCUCAAUCGGAGUAGCACUCGGUAUUCUGAUCGAUGGGUGGGUUUCCUCAGGCAAUCAGGGAACAUGGCUGACGCACGCCAGGUUUAUUGUCGUCCACCACGACUGGCAGGUAAUAUACCAAGUAGGCGCAGCGCUUAUUGGCCUCGUCCUGACGCUGGCCUUCUUCACGUUUCCAGAAACGGCCUGCACGCGAGAAGCUUCCACCAACGCCUCAAGUUUAUCUGCAGAACGACUGUCCCAAAAGCCAGGCCCAUCCAGCGCUGACGCUGAGAACGGCGUGCAGAUCCCUCGGAAACAACCAUACUUGCAGCGCCUCAAGAUCUUCAACAAAGUAUGGACCCAGGAGAGCUUGAUCAAAAUGUUCCUAAGACCGCUAGGUCUCAUCUGCCUGCCGCCAGUACUAUGGGCUGCUCUCGUUCAGUCUGUUACCAUCGGCUUUCUAGUGGCGGUGUCAUCAAACGUUAGUAACGCAUUUUACCAUGCAUACGCAUUUGAACCGUGGCAGGUUGGCCUUUGUUUCAUUUCCGCCAUCAUAGGUUCUCUUAUAGGAAUCCCCGCAGGCGGCCAACUUGGCGACCUAACGGCCGACUACUUCACAAAGCGCAACCGGGGCGUCCGUGAUCCCGAAAUGCGUUUGCCGGCCAUGGCGCUCUGUCUCAUUACUACACCUUUGGCACUUAUUCUGUAUGGUGUGGGCAUUGAGAAACACCUCCACUGGAUGUGCCCAACUAUAGGUCUUGGACUUCUCAACUUCUCUAUUUCCCAGGGGACCAACGUUUGCCUCGUGUACGUCAUCGACGCAUACCGACCAAUUGCCGGCGAAAUUACGUUGGCAGUUACAGGAUUUAAGUCACUCUUUGGAUUCCUUCUCUCGUUCUACACGAAUACUUGGGUCGAACAAUCUGGCUACCUCAAUGCGUUCGGUGCGAUGGCUGGGAUUUCUGUAGCCAUUUUGAUGCUUUGGAUUCCGCUAUAUCUUUGGGGCAAAGAAAUUCGGCAUACGACCUGGCACUGGCCGGUACUUUCGUAUAUACAUUGGGAUAAUGAUCGGGAAGUGGGGGAAUAG